AUGGCAAACGAAGAGGGCGACAGCUCCCCCAAGUCGCAAAGUGCCGUGCUUGAGUGGUAUGCCCGUAUCUAUUCUCGCCGUGUCGACAUUGUCGGCGACUAUGCCGGAAACGAGCUGUUUUUGGUAGACGGCGAUUCUCUGCUGUUACAUUGCUUCAGCGACGAACACCUCGAUUUCGAUGACGGCUUCCAACUCCUCCACGCGACCUGGACAGUCGAACACUUUCUACGAAACCUGAUCUCGAGAAGGGCCAAUUUUCACAUUGUUUUCUUCGAUCAGCACCGCGAGCUUUGCAUUCCAUUCUUUGCACCUGCGGCAUCCCACGCCAAAUACCUUUUGGCGAGGGAGGCUAUCGUUCGCCACCUUUCUGUCAAUCUCAAGUCUACCCACCCAGACGUGCUGGUUAGCGUCUUCUCGUCAGUCACUUCUGAUGAAUUCGCCGAGUACCUGAAAGCUACAGAGUUCUAUUUUGUUCUCUGUCAUGACGGUGCUUCUUCGACUGCUUUGCGAAAGAGGAAACUGCUAGACAAGACUCUAGACACUCUUGAAGAUGAAGAGCACAACGAACAAAACGAGGAGCUACGCAAGAAGAUCAUUUUCCGCCAGCUCAUACGCUGGUCUAUGGCACAAGGUUCCAGCAUCGUGCUAAUAAACGGUGUCGAAUUCCAGGAUGCUCGGAUCAUUGCUACGGUUCUAGAGAACCUGCGUGGCACAGGCAGCGGAGUAUCUAUGGAGAUUGAUCUUGACGAGGACGAUGCCAUUGACGAGCCUCGCCAACGAUACCUUGAACGCAGCACUUGGGACAGUGUCACGAGUAAAGUCAAGGAUCAGUUGACGGAGCGUUACUACCUUACCGUGAUUGUUUUGUCAGCCCUUCUCGCUGGUAACAAAGUCACAAAGGAUUUUGUUUCUGCGUUCUUGCGACAUAGUGCCUUGAUAUCUGGGCUUUCGCUCCAAGAACGUCUGGUAUCAGCCGCCAACUUGGACGACAAGGUGAAGGAAUCGUUGGAAGCUUUCGCCGAAGAAGCCUCCACAAUACUGGCUUCUGAAGAAUGGGCUGAAAAUAUGGAGUCCUGGGGAUGCGGAUGUGAUGUGGCCGAUCUCGUGGACGGUCGAUUACUCUCGGCUUGUCUUCAAGAUGCGUCAAUAGGCGCCAAUGAGCUAUACAGCACGCUGGCACAGGCCUGCGAAGCCUUAGGCGCAGGUUUCUCCAGCGACCAGGCUAUCGGCAGUAAUGGCCAUGCAGCAGCAGUAUCGCACGCACCUCAGCCACAGAGCAGUGAAUCGUACGCUGUUCUGCCCUUCUCCAACGAAAUAUUCGAUCCACACCUUGCACCCGUGCAACUCGCAAUCGAUCGAGUCGGCGACGUAGAAGACGCAACGGCGGCAAACAUUUUCAGAGAGAUAUCGCACUGGCACAAUCACAAAAGACCAUUGGACCCAAAGCUGCGAGAAGAGCAGUUGGCCAAGUCAGAGAAGCAGAAAUUCUGGGCGCGCAAGCGAAAUCAAUGGUUCAUGGAUGAGAUGCAAAAGUACGCUCAAAGCCUCACGAAUACUGUCGGAAAAUCUCUCGACCCCGAGACCAUCACAACCGGUGGACGUUCUGCGAAACCGAUUGCUGAGGUAGAGGAGAAUGCCAAGCCAAAGGGAAAACCAGCGCCCAAGGCAAAUAAGAAGGCUGCUCCGUCACGCAAAGAAACGAUGCUAGCCAAGAUCGCCGCAGAUCGAAGUGCAAAGGAAGAAACCACUGCGGAGAAACACAUUCAGGGCUGGCGCACGACUGUUAGUGCAAUCGAAAAGGAGCCUACUGCAACCGCACGCUACCAGCGAGCGAAAACCUACUUAGCUACACUCAACACGGGCACUUCGGCUGACCUAAAGCGCGAUACUCUCGAAGCAGAAGUACGUCUGUACAUGUUGAAUGCUCUGUUGAGUCCUUGGUUGACGGCCUGUCGCAACGAUGAAAAGCCGGAAGCGCUGAAGAUUGCUGCACUUAUCUUCGCAGAACUCGGGGCCUUCUCGAAGUUCAACAGACCCGUUACGUCGACUAUUGUCAAAUGUCUUCAGACCGUUUUCAAGGAGCUUGCACUGCCCAAACUCCCCCUUCCGCAGCCAGAAGGGGACAGACCCCUGGCGUUCAAGUUUUCCCUCGACUCCUCGUCACGAUCAUUGGCCUUGCCGAUUCCACAGAAAGAGUUCCAAUUGCUACACUGUGGUCCUUACUUCGACCGAAGUAUCGAUUCAGCUCCGGACCCUCGUGUGCCGUUCGAGCCGGAUGCAUGGCAACGUAAGGUGCUGGACGAAAUCGACGCGAAACGAAGCUUGCUGGUCAUAGCCCCUACAUCGGCCGGAAAGACAUUCAUUUCCUUCUACGCUAUGAAGCAGGUUUUGGAAGCCAACGAUGAAGACGUCCUAGUCUACGUAGCGCCUACCAAGGCCUUGGUCAAUCAAAUCGCUGCCGAAAUCCAGGGUCGCUUUUCGAAGCGCUACGGCUACGCUGGAAACAGUGUCUGGGCGAUUCAUACUCGUGACAUGAGGAUAAAUAACCCCACGGGCUGUCAAAUCCUGGUCACGGUACCACACAUCCUACAGAUUAUGCUGUUGUCACCACCCAACGCAAAUUCAUGGUCUAAGCGUAUCAAAUGGAUCAUCUUUGAUGAAGUCCACUGCAUUGGACAAGCGGAGGACGGCUUGAUCUGGGAGCAACUGUUGCUAAUGGCCCCUUGUCCAAUCCUGGCACUCUCCGCUACAAUCGGCAACCCAGACGAGUUUAGCGCCUGGCUAGACUCAACUCAGAGGAGUGUUGGCAAUAACUUGACUAUGGUACAGCAUCCGCACCGUUACUCGGACCUGAGAAAGUUCAUCUAUAAACCUACUAAUACCGACAACAAUUUCACUGGGCUCGAAGAAAAUCGCGCUUUCGCACAACUAGGUCUAGACGACAGCAAAGACUUCCACUUUGUCCAUCCCGUGUCUAGCCUUGUGAAUCGAGCUCGAGGCAUACCGGCCGAUCUAGCUUUGGAAGCGCGCGACUGCUAUAUGUUAUGGCAAAGCUUGUCCAAGCACCAGACUGCGAAGUAUCCGCUAGAUAAAUCGUUGGACCCUGCAGUGGCUUUACCGGCCGUGAUCAGGAAGAUCGACACAAUCAAAUGGGAGAGUGCGCUGAAAUCUGUGCUGCGUCAGUGGAUGCAGGAUCCGGACUCUCCAUUUGAUGACGUGGUUAAAGACCUGGGAGGACAUCAACAAGAUACAGUGGCAGAGACACUUCCAACACAGGAUCCCGAGGCUGAGGUCGCUGACGAUGCCGAUGCUAGCGAGGAGAACGAGGUGGAGAUACAACACGACAUCAAGAGUAUUUUGCCCAUGCUCUCUAAGCUUCACGAACAAGAUGCCCUCCCUGCUAUUCUGUUCAAUUAUGACCGCGGUCUUUGCGAGCGUAUCUGUCGGAAGUUGAUGGAGCAACUUGUGGACGCGGAAACAGCUUGGAAAGAGUCUAGCGCGCAGUGGAAGAGUACAUUGGCGAAGUGGGAGGAAUGGAAGAAGAUCAUGACCAAGGCUGGUAAACGUGGGCCUCCUAAACUGUCAAAGAAGAAGGGCGGUGCUGAAGAAGGGCUGACCAAGGAGGAUAUCCAACGAGACGCAGCGAACAACGAGGCCAGCCCUUGGGCUUCCUUCAAUCCCGACAAGCCCAUUGACAGAUUCCAUUUCGCGGACAAUCGAAAAAUGUCGCAAGAUGAAAUGGAUAAGACUGAAAGAGAAUUGCUCAGACGCGAUGUACCUGAAUGGCUAAUAACCGCUUUGAAGCGUGGUAUCGCGGUCCAUCACGCUGGUUUGAACAGGAAGUACAGGCAGGUUUGUGAGAUAUUGUUCCGACGAGGUUUUCUUCGAGUGGUCAUCGCGACGGGUACGCUGGCACUUGGUAUCAACAUGCCCUGCAAAACGGUGAUUUUCACUGGGGAUUCCGUGUUCCUGUCAGCGCUCAACUUCAGGCAAGCCGCAGGUCGUGCGGGUCGUCGUGGAUUCGAUAUGCUAGGAAACGUUGUCUUUCACUCAAUAUCGACAAGCAAGGUCCAUAGACUGAUCAGUUCGCGCCUACCAGACAUCAAUGGUCACUUCCCGAUCACCACGACUUUGGUGUUGCGUCUGUUCACGCUUCUGAACGAUUCGAAGAACUCUCAGUUCGCCACUCGAUCUGUCAAUGCACUCCUCUCGCAACCACGUCUAUACCUUGGUGGCGAAGAGUCUAAAAUGACCGUUCUGCAUCAUCUUCGAUUUUCGAUCGAGUAUCUCCGGCGACAAUUCCUGCUCGAUGCUCGUGGAACCCCGUUGAACUUCGCCGGAUGCGUGAGCCAUCUGUACUAUACGGAGAACUCUUCUUUCGCAUUCCAUGCUUUACUCAAAGAGGGGUACUUUCACAAGGUAUGCGCAAACCUAAACGCAAACGACACUGCCAAGGAGAAUACCUUGCGGGAGCUCAUGUUGACCAUGUCCCACCUCUUCGGACGACAAUAUUGUCGACAGGCUGACCAGGAGUUCGUGGACCGAGUGAUCAAGCGCAGCCCUUCUGUGGUUUUCCUACCUGACAUGCCAGUGGGCGCAGCCAACCUUCUCCGGAAGCACAACCAGUCUACACUUGAUAUCUACAAAGCAUACGUGGGAACGUUCGUGGAACAGCACCUCAACGAGCCGGAUGACGCGCUGCCGUUGACCCAAUAUAAGUCAGGUAGCGGCGCUACUGCCUCGGCUCAGGGCCUGCAACUGCGCGCUCCCACUACGGUUCGCUCACCAUUUGUAGCUCUUUCGGGUCACGGAGAUACCUUUGAGUCCGUUCAUGACCUUUGUACGACUACGCGCUCUGGGGUCUUCUUGGAGGAGUCGGUCAUACCAUAUGUUGGCCUAUACCCCGAAGAGUCCGAAAUGCCGCUUAAUGCCUACCUGUAUGACUUCUUCAACCAUGGAGACGUCAACGCGAUAGUUAUCGCGAACCGCAUCCGACGUGGUGAUGUUUGGUUUGUCUUGAACGACUUCAGCAUGGUCCUCGCAACUAUUGUGACCAGCCUAUCGAAUUUCAUGCAGCUUACGGCGGCGUCCGACCUGGAUCUGUCCGAUGUACGGGGCGAAGGAGAAGAUGCAGAAGCAUUGCAAGAUGACAAAUUCCUUCCAGAUGACUCAGGAUACGAAACCGCAUCAACCAUCUCCACGGCCACUCGAACUGGUCCGGCACAGAAGGAGCUGCCUGUCCAACUGAAGAAGAAAAAGAAGGUUGUCGACUCAUGGGAUGAUGAUGCGGACGCGGAAGAAUUAGAAGAAGAAAUUGCCGCUCAGAGGGAGCUGAAGGAAGCCGAAGCUGCAAAGGACGCGGAGGACAGGCCAGCAUGGGAGGGUGCCGGCUUGCUGAAUGUGCUCAAGGCGUUCCAAGCGCUGAAGGAGGACUUCGAUACCAAAUUCCGAGCCAUGUGGGCUUAG